AUGAGCUUACUGCAUAGGUCGGGCCACCGAGAUGAGUAUGGUAAUUUUGGAGGUAUAGAUGUUUCCACAGCACCCCUAGAUGAGCUCGCCAACCAACCAAGCGCUCCUAAAGCCCCAAGAAGGCGAUCUUCGGGAUUGAAGUUUUUCGCUUCGUCAUCGAGCUCGAAUCCUCCACCAGCCCCUAGCUCACACAAGAAAUGGGAGGCAGACUACCUAAAAGACCUUCGUGUCAACCGGCCUGCGCGACCUGGUGGCUCACGACCAUUCCCCGGCCGAGCGGCCACGUCCACGGCAGAGCCCUUCGCCAGAGCAUCCUCUGCUCUAUCAUUCCGACCCUCAAGCUCAACGCAACAAGCCGACCCAAUCAUGGCCCCGAAAUAUGAGAGAUCUGCGAGUGCACUGUCACAUAGACGAGCGCAAUCGGACAUGCCAGUUGCAGACGCAGCCUUAGGACAGCUCAGGGCGUCUGUGGCUUCACGAGACUUUUCAGCUUCCACAAUAUCUAGAGCGCCUCCGAUGACCCCGAGUGGAGCAUACAGAGAGAGUGGAAUGCGGUGGAUGGAGAAGCAGGAAGCUCGGUCAUUGAGGGAAGCGCUAGAGGAUAUGGAUUUGCGGGACGAGGCAAAGGAUCACGCCGCUGCUCAAGAUGAAGCAUCGGAGCUCGUCUGGAAACACAGAAAUCAAGUGUCGCCACAGAAGAAUCCAGAUCGGUUACACAGCUACAAAUCUCAUCUUGAGAAAGGGGCACAUGCUCGAAGUCAGAGCGUUGGAUGGCAUGCAGAGCAGGGCGCAGUAAACGGCGAUUCCGCUACGAGCCAUCGAUCAGCCUCCGACACGUCAAACUCUAGUAAGGGCGACAGCAAUCUAUCACAAGCAACUCGCAAUACAGUUAUCACGUUCGCAGAACCCGAAAAGCCCACCGAGGAGACGCAACCUUACCAACAGACCGCGCAUGCGUUGUGGGACUCACCACAGAAGAAAGCCUAUAUGAAUUUAGAGCCUGGAAAGUUGCCCAGGAUUUCAGGGUACCGUCGAUCCAGCGGACCCAGAGCACGAGAUGUGAGUGGUGGGCUAUUCAGAAACCCUAAGGACAAGAUCUAUGAAGAGCCGGAUGCCGACAGAAAGACGUCUGAGCGCGCUGGGUCAGACCAGAGCAGGAUACCUGCACCACUCGUUACAAAGAACCGCAAUACAGUGUCCAAAGACCGUACUGGAAGUAAAUCGUUCUUCCGUUCAAGAACUGCUUCUGCCGAAGACAACAUGAGAGUGUCUCGGUCCGAAAUCCAUAGGAACCCCCCUUCUCAAUCUCACAACCCUUCUUACCUAAAAAAUCCACCAGCCUCAGUAAAACCGGGCCAAGUCGUUGCUAAUCACGCAGAGAGUCACUCAGAUAUACCAAUGGUCAAAGACGGCAAGGAGAUACGUAGUGACGAUAUCAGAGCUGCUACAAGUAUGCGGAUGAAGGAUAGAAGCCCGAAGUUACCUUCUCCAACUGUCGUCAGCAACAGGCCAGGAAGGCCAAUCGUUAGUUUCGAGCAAGACUGGAAGCCAAAAGAUACUACUAAGAAGGAAGACUCUUCCUUAGAUGGGCUAUCCGCAAGUCCUGCGAGACUACGCUUCAAGCCGCACAUGCCAGCAUCAACGGCCUCGGCGCCCAUAGUACCAACAAUCAACGUCCCGGUUCCGCCCUCCAUUCAAGUCGAUGAAGUUCCGCCUAGCGACUCACCCUCCACGCCCUCGAUCUCUGUUUCCGAGGCUGGAAUCCCCACCUUCUCGCUACCUGAGAACCUACCUACCAAGCGACCCCUACCAACACCUUCAAGCAGAUCUCGCCACUCGCCGGCCAAUCGUCCGCUCCCCCAACACUCAUCUACCACUCCAGUCCACUCUUCCAAGCUCCACUGGACCCCAUCUUCCCGCCGUGCUACUGCCCAAUGUGCAGCCUGCGCUCUCCCUAUCGAAGGCCGCAUUGUCAGCGCCGCCUCUCAACGCUUUCAUCCCCACUGCUUCACCUGCCACCACUGCGCAGAACCCCUAGAAUGCGUUGCGUUCUACCCCGAGCCCGACUCUGCCCGCACAGCUCGCGUUGAACGCAUUGAAGCUCGUCUAGCUUGCCAAACCCACGCUUUGCCGGACGAAAAAGAAGGCGAAACAGCAGCCGAUGACGGUGACUCAUCUCUACGCUUCUACUGCCAUCUCGACUACCAUGAGCUGUAUUCUCCACGCUGCCGCAGCUGCAAAACGCCUAUUGAGAGUGAGGUUGUUCUUGCCUGUGGUGGAUCCUGGCAUGUAGGCCAUUUCUUCUGCGCAGAGUGCGGUGAUCCGUUUGAUGCGAAGACGCCCUUCGUGGAGAAGAAUGGGUAUGCAUGGUGUGUGGGAUGUCAUGCUGCAAAAUUCAGCGGGAAGUGCAAGGGAUGUAGGAAGCCGGUCGUCGAGGGUGGCUUAAGCGCGCUAGGUGCUGAGUGGCAUGCUGAAUGCUUUUGUUGUGUGGAGUGUGGAGGCCAUUUCGAGGAUGGAAGGUUCUUCACCCGGGAGAAUGAAGAGAAGCCGGUGUGUGUGGCGUGUGAGGAGAGGAGGUUGAAGGCUUGA